UCUGCCCGGCGGGGGCGCGGCCAGGCCAUGGCGACGGCCGAGCGCGGCGCGCACGCGGGCCCGGGGCGCGCAGGGCCCGCGGCGGGGGCGGCCGUGGAGAAGCGGGGGCCCUACAUGGUGACGCGCGCGCCCUCCAUCCAAGCCAAGCUGCAGAAGCACCGGGACCUGGCCAAGGCCGCGCUGCGCAGGAAAGGCAUGCUGGGGGUCCCCCCGAAGCGCCCCGACUCGCCAGGGACAAGGUCAGUGAAGUUUAACAAGGGCUACACCGCUCUCAGCCAGAGUCCAGAUGAAAACCUGGUGUCCCUCGAUUCUGACAGUGAUGGGGAGCUGGAAUCCAGAUACUCCUCCGGGUAUUCCUCUGCAGAGCAGGUGAACCAGGACGUGAGCCGACAGCUGCUCCAGGACGGGUACCACCUGGACGAGAUGCCGGAUGACGAGGACUUGGACCUCAUCCCCCCCAAGCCUAUGGCCUCGUCCAUGUGCUCCUGCUGCUGGUGCUGCCCUGGGGACUCGCCGUCCUGUACCCUCCAGUAGACACAACCCGAGCCAGGUCCUGUUGGCCGUCAUAGGCCGGGGAGUUCCCUGAGCACCGCUGUAGCCCCAGGCCGCUCACUGCUGUCCCUCUGGGAAGGUCGGUGACCUCAGACACGCCUCACCUGGGGCUUCUCAGACCGGGGGGCUUCCAUCACCCCAGGGGGACAGCAGGCUGCCGUUUCCUCCGCUGCGGGGGAAAUCUGAGGGGAGGUACAGACGGACCCUGGGUCUUCUAUUUUUCUUUUUGAUUUUGGGUCACAUCUGGCAAUGCUCAGGGCUUAGUAACCUGGCUCUGCACUCAGGAAUUAACCCCGCGGACGCUCGGGGGACUAUAUGAGGUGCCGGAGAUCAACCCAGGUCAGUGAGGUGAACACGCUACCCUCUGCACUUCUGCUCCAGCCCUGAACCCUGGGGCUUCUUGAGGAGUUGGCUAGGAGAACCCUCCCAGGCCUCCUGGCGGGUGCUCCCCCUCUGGCAGGGAGGGAACAAGAGCUUUUGUGCCCAGGCUGGUCUGGCUGCUGGUGUAUGGGUGCAGAGAGUAGCUGUUCGGGACUCGUGGCUGGGAUCUUUGUCAAAGAGUUGACCUGAGGCUGUGCUGGCAUCCCCAUGCUCCUCCUCUGCUUUGCCCCAACGUGGGGUCUCUACUUGAUCUCCGUGUCAGCGUGAACUCAGCACCAGGGGAAGGUGGCCCAGGGGUAGUGCUGGCUUUGCAUGUCGCAGACACUGAGUUUGUCCCCUGGCCACUCACGAUACAAGAAGGAAAAGGAUGGGGAGCCACACACAGUCGCUUCUGACCUUUUCUGGAGGUGCCCGCCUGUGCCCAGGGUCUACAGGCCCAGCCUCCCAGAAUCCCUGGAGCUGAUAUCUUCCCACCGUGUGACCACCUGGGACACAGGUCAGGCUGGAGAGAAACUGCUGCAUUACAAACACACUGCGGGUUUCCUUUCCCUGACACCAUUCUCUGCCUUGGUCUUAGCUACUUUUUCCACCGAGUCUUUUCCUUUUUUAAAUUUUUUUCCUCCAGUGGAGAGGUGGGGGCCAUGUGUUGGGCCACCCUGCUGCUGCUUGUCACUCUUAGCAGUGCUCAGGGGAUCAUGGUGGGGCCAGAGAUCAAACCAAAGACUCACAGGCAAUCUUGGAGCUUUUUAAAAGAUGUGGGUGAAGGGACUGGUCGAGGCCUGCGGUUUUCGUGACGACCAGCAGGGGGAGCACUGGAGAGCUGUCUCCAGCCUUGUUUUUAUUUUUGGGCCACACCUGUCUGCUCUUGAGGGUUACUCCUGCCUCUCUUGGAGGGCCUCUCCAGGCACAGCACACGCUCAGCACUUUGGGCUCUCUCCAGCCCCUUGUUCCUCUAUUUCAGCUGUUGGUAAAUAAUUGGGUGAGAGGCGCACCAGGACAGAGAGGGGGGCUAUACCUCCUCCCCCGGCACUGCCGGAACACGGCAGAGAAGAUGACCCUUCCCACAUUCCCACAGCCCCCCCCCCCGCCCCCCCAGAGAGCCUCCUGUUGUCGUUGUCUGCCAGGCCUCUCUGGAACGGAUUUUUCUUGUUUUGUUUGGUUUGGGGCCACACCCAGUAGUGCUCGGGGAUCACUCCUGCCGGUAUUCGGGAGGCCAUAUGGGGUGUCGGGGAUCGACCCCAGGUUGGCUGCACGCAAGGCAAGAACCCUACCCACACUGCUGUCUCUCUGGCCCCCUCAGAAUUGAGAUUUUCAAUGGUUCUCUUCUGGGGGGAAGGGGGGUCACCUAGAAGGCAGCCUGGUGAGGGCUAGCUGAGCGUGCGGGGCUCCUGGCCGAGGAACUUGGCAGUGAGCACAAGGUACUGGCCCCUCCAGAGAAAGUGCCCGUCUUCGGCCUCAUUUCUCUCCUGACUGCUAGUGGCAGAGGAGGAGCAGGUGCUGGGAGCUGCUCGUCACCCCAAGGUGAUGGGCCGGUAGUCUUGCCGGGUGCAGAGCCACCUUGCUAACCCUCAGAGGGCAGAAUCCCGUCAGCAGCGGCUCGCCUGUCUCCGACCCGUGCUUUUCCUGCGGGGUAGAGCAGUCUCGAGGGCCCGGGGGAGAUGGAGCAGGGCGCAGAGGGGAUCCAUGUCUUUGCCCAGAGUGAGACCGCACAGGUGCCCUGGGGACCAGCAGGUCCGUGAGGAGCCCCUCUGCCCCCUGACACGGGGUGGUAAACACGCCAUGUAAAUGGCUCCUGUCGGGGGCAGCACGGCCACAGACCCGGGGUGUUGGGGAGGGGGCGCAGAAGGCAGGGCUAGAUUUCAGACAUGGGUUGUGUCACCUGAGCCUUUGGCAGCUACUGGGGUGAACCCAAGAGCAGAGCGCUCGGGGAAGCCACUGCUGGACACCAGUGCUGGUGGACCCUGUGCAGGGGACCAUGCAAUGUGGCAGGGCUGGGCCCCAGCGAUCAGGGCACCAAGGUGCCCACUGCCAUAGCCAGAGUGCUGGGCAUCGUGCAGGGAGGGCGGCCGUGGGUUCCCUGUACGGAGGGGGCACUGGUGGUGUGAGGACUGCAGGACACGCCUCAGUUUCUCCAGCUCUGUAUGUUUGAGAAUAAAUACGAUCAUGCAAGUGGA